GUGGCCAUGGAAACCAGAGGUCAACUAGCUAAUUAAUCAGGUGCUGCCAAGUUUGUUAUGAGGAGGUCACAAUGUUGCUUAAGUCUAGGAUGUUUAAUUUAGUACUGUACAACGUUUAAUUAGUUAUGCAGUGAGAUGGACACGAGCCGAGCAGUGGGUGGCAGCUGUCCAAAUACCAUCAGAACAGAUCUCAGUUUGCUUCUUGAGUGUCUGAAGUUUCAGAUGAAAUGUCCUGACCUACAGAAACAAGCCCUGUUAACUAUUCAUUCAAUCUGUGAAAAAAGAGAGCAUAAUGUGGAGCUGCUGAGAGAAAUGGGAGGUGUAGCUUUUCUGUUGAACCUCUCCAAGUCCAGCAUUGUUCGGUCAGAUGUGGCGGAGACUUCUCUCUUCACCCUGAGCACUCUAGCAGAGGCCAAUGUUUAUUGUAAAAGCUCACUGAGCAGAAAGGAGAUAUUUACAGAUUUGGCUGACUGGUUGGUGACAGAAGAUGCUCCACUGACAAAGAAGAGAGUUAUCGUCUAUUUUCUGUCUGUUGUGGUGUCCAACAACAAAUUAGGACAGAUACUGGCCCAAAAUACUGGCUGCUUGGAUAUUCUUCUCAGUCUUUUCAGAGCCACAUUCCCCCUUUCUCCAGAGGAUAGUUUCAAAACCGCCAGCUCUUCCCAACUACAUCAGCUUUGGUCUUCAGUGUCCAGUGCUCUAUGUGGAUGUGUUAACAAUCCACAGAAUGAGGAAGGACAGCGUGCCUGUGUCACUGUGUUUCCAACUGUGAAAAACUGGUUUCAGCAGAUUUCUCUUCCUCAAACAGAGCUAUUUCAACCCAUAUGCUCUUUCAUUGCAAUGACUGUAACAAAUAACUCUUGUGUCCAGGAGAGCUUUGCUGCUGCAGGGGGACUGGAAAAUCUCACAUUGGCCCUGAUUAGAUUUUGUCUACAGUCAGAGACAAGCCUGCUGGCCUGUCAACUGGCAGUCUCCACUUCCAAAACCCUGUCUGCUUGUAUCAGUGACAACACUUCUCUCGCUUCAGACCUGGCAAAGUAUGGGCUAGUGUUUCACCUCUUUUCAUUGCUUAUCAACCCAAAACUGGAGUCAGAGGAGAGGCUGUCUGUGUUACUAACUGUAGGCCACUGCACAGAGGCUUCAGAGGAACACCAAAAGCAGUUGGUGCAAAUUGGCAGCCUUCCCGUGAUCAUAACUUUACUCACAGAAGACACAAGUGAAGAGGUCCGCAAGGCUGCUACAUUCAUUCUACAGACUUGCAAGCAGGCCACAAACAAUUUGGGAUGUCCUGACACAAAGGAGAAAGAAAAUAAAAAGACUGUUUCAGACAUAAACCUUGACAAUUACCGAAAAUCUGCAGAAGCGUUACUCCAUAGAAUUGGCCAGCUUGAGAAGAAACAAGCUGAAGCUGAGCGAGAUCUUGCACAGCCACAGAUGAUAUCUCAAAGAUCCAUGUGUGUUCCUUUCACUGAAAUGCUUCCAGAGGACACGUUUUGUGAGAGUGAUGACGAACCUUUAAUUGUAAGAGUAAAUAGAAAUCCCACCAGCAACAAAAUGAAGACAAUUUGCAAGGAAGCUAAAGAUGACAAUGUACGGGGUGAGAAUCCACGGUGGUCCAAAUACAACUCCACAAGAACUGAACUAUGUGAUUCUAAUGGACAAUGGCUAGAGGGAGCCAGAGAGCUACAAGAAAAUGAUCAGACGUUUAAAGUACCAGUUCCAAUAUGGCCAAAUAUACCCAAAGAUAUCUGUCCUGUUGAAGAUUUGAGAAAUGAAAGAAAUAAUCCCGGUAUACAGGUGUCUAUUUCGGAUGUCAGGUGUAAAGGUUGUGUGUUGCGUUUCGAUGAGGUGAACAGUCGCACAUUCUCGUCUCUGCAGAGCUCCUGCACCCACAGCUGUGAUAUGCAUCGAGUCCUGAAGGAGGCCACGAAGCGCUACAUAUCUCACCAGAGCAGGCUUUUCACUGAACCAGAACACCCACCCAGCAGCACCCAGGAGCGGACAAACCCCAGCUCUGACACUGUUACCACUGCACAGGCACAUAAGAAGCAGAAAAACUGGAGAGAUGUCAGUCUGACUCCAAUAAAGAAGCCAAGUCCAGUCAAAUGCUUUCACCCGGCCGAACAAUGGAAAAAGAACAAAGAUGUCCGAUUAACUCCUCUCCACAAAAGGAUGAAAACGACAGGGCCUGCUUUUUGUCAAAGAGCUGAGAACACAGCAAAGGGCAGAAGUAAACCUUUUCCAGAUGACCACUCAGAUGGGAACAUGAAAGCAGAGACUUGUUCAAAUAACAGCUCCCAGAGGAGGAAGAGGCAGGACUUCAGCCAUGAGGAGGAGCUGUACUUACUGUGCGGAGUCAAGACGUACGGCCCCUCCUGGAACGCUAUCCUGUGGUCUUACCCCUUCCAGCGCGGUCGCACCAAUGUAGACCUUGCCAAAAAGUACCAACGCCUUAUGAAAGCAAAGGGUAAAGGUUUGUCCUAAUUUUACUCUGGCUCUUCAUGACUUUGAGUAAAUUUAUUUUCAACAUUUAUUUCAAUUUUUGGGUUAUUUUAAAAUAAAUAUGUAAAUAAACUUGUUUGUAACUU